UUUAGGGGAAAACAAACCGCCAUACAGUAUUGGAUCGAGCGAGGAUAUCUAAGGUCUGCCGCUCUCAGAUUCCUUAGCCUUGUAUGGCUAAAGGCUCCAGACGCGCCGGGCUGAAGGAUGCUGACCUUAUUGGCCGGCUCAGGAACAGGGAGGUGUGGAGAAACGCCUGAAAACCAAACACACUUCUCUUCAGCCCUGCAGCGCAGGAACAGACCCGAGGCACACAGAUCUUCUCUAACCUCUUUCUACAGGAAAACAAGAACCAAACCCUGCGGUCAGAAUGUCUGCAGCCAAGCGAGCCAAAGGAAAAACCACAAAGAAGCGUCCGCAGAGGGCCACGUCCAACGUCUUCGCCAUGUUCGACCAAUCACAGAUCCAGGAGUUCAAAGAGGCCUUCAACAUGAUCGAUCAGAACAGAGACGGAUUCAUCGACAAGGAGGACCUACACGACAUGCUGGCCUCUCUGGGGAAGAACCCGUCUGAUGAGUAUCUAGAGGGAAUGAUGAGUGAAGCUCCAGGACCCAUCAACUUCACCAUGUUCCUCACCAUGUUUGGAGAACGUCUGAACGGAACCGACCCUGAAGACGUCAUACGAAACGCCUUCACAUGCUUCGAUGAAGAUGCUUCUGGUUUCAUCCACGAGGACCAUCUCCGCGAGCUGCUGACCACCAUGGGGGAUCGUUUCACAGAUGAAGAAGUGGACGAGCUCUUCCGCGAGGCCCCGAUCGAUAAGAAAGGAAACUUUAACUACGUGGAGUUCACUCGCAUCCUCAAACAUGGAGCUAAAGAAAAGGACGACAUAUAAAAACCAGCAGCAGAUCCAUUCAGCGUCUGAUUUCGUACGUGCAGAUCGUAGCCAACACUUCAGGUUUUUGUUAAAGACAACAAGAAACUAAACUGCAAUGCACUAGACACCUUUCAAAACACCUUUCCACAUCACACUGGCAAGUGCUGCAUGUGCAAACACACUUUAGAUCCAAUAUUUGAUCGGUUUUCUUUCUGUCUAUCUCCAAAUAAAAUCACCUGGGUAAGUUAUCAGAGAAUGGAGCAGAAAUUUGUCCUCAGAUCUACAGAAGUCCAAAAACACCCUUUAACAUGAAGAAUAAAGUUUGUACAUUUCAGAAUAAUAAUAAAUUUAUUUUGCUAAUAAACUUAAUAAAUUUGCAAUUAGCAUUGUUUAAAAUAACAA